UAAAAAAUAUUCAAAUAAAUUUCCUAAAUAAACUUGGAUACAAAGUAAACCAAGUUCUUGUCAAACCCGACUCGACUCGACUCGACUUAUAGAAACUCAAAAUACUAAUUUUCAUUAGACUAUUCCUAUUUGCUAUCAUCAUCAUCAUCAUCAUCAGAAUUCUCACUAAUGACUAAUACUUAUCCAAAUCUGACCUAAGAAAGUAAACCUUUUAAUUCUAUAUUCAUUGGCUCAUUGCAUAAAAGUGAUGAAUAACAUUAAAGACUAAAGAGUAGACCUAAGCAUAACACUAUGAAAACUAACUUGUAAAAGGAGUAUAAUGUGCUCAGCAAACCAAAAAAAAUGUACACUUAAUUGGAAUGACAGCACUGCAUAAACUGUAAACUCCCCAUUUGCAUGGCCCUGUAACUGAAUAACAGAAUUAAGAAACGAAUCUCACCCACAUUCUCUCUUUCUCUCUCUUCCCCUGUUUUUCUCUCUCUUCAUCUACCCAUCAACAAAAACACCCUCUUUCUUCUAAAAUCUCACCUACCCAUUUCACAACUUUGUAAAAGAAAGAGAAUUCAAAGAUACCCAUUUCAAGAUUCACUCAAAUUCUCAAAAAAAAAAAGAAAAAAAACCCUAAAAAAAAUGACAUUUUUUCACUAUAAUUACUAUCAUCACUAUACUCUGUUUUUGUUAAUGGCAGCCAUGAUUUCUCAAAGUUUAUGUGUUGGUGUGAACUGGGGAACAAUUGCAACUCAUCAAUUACCUCCUGAAAUGGUGGUUCAAAUGUUGAAAAAUAAUGGGUUUGAUAAGUUGAAGUUGUUUGAAGCUGAUGAUAGAAUAUUGAGUGCUUUAAUUGGAACUCAAAUUGAAGUAAUGUUAGCAAUACCUAAUAAUAUGUUGGAAGAGAUGAGUAGUAAUGUUGAUGCUGCUGUUUCUUGGGUUGAAGCUAAUGUUACAACUUAUUAUUACUCUGGUGGUGUUAAUAUCAACUAUGUUGCAGUAGGAAAUGAGCCCACACUACAAACCUACAAUGGCACAUACCUUAAGUACAUGUUACCUGCACUCAAAAACAUCCAAGAAGCCCUUAAUCAUGCAGGAUAUGGUGACCAAAUCAAGGCCACAAUCCCCUUCAAUGCCGAUGUGUACUACUCUCCUGACUCGAAUCCUGUACCUUCAGCCGGAGAUUUCAGACCUGAAGUCCGAGACCUUACACUCGAAAUCCUCCAAUUUCUACACGAAAACAACGCUCCCUUCACCGUCAACAUCUACCCUUUUCUUAGUCUAUAUGGUAACAAGAACUUCCCUAUAGACUAUGCUUUCUUUGAAGGCUCAAAUGUGCCCAUAAGAGACCAAGGUGUGGUCUAUACCAAUGUGUUUGAUGCAAAUUUUGAUACUUUAGUCUCAGCAUUGAACAAAGCUGGGUACCCUGACAUGGACAUUAUAGUAGGAGAAGUAGGUUGGCCAACUGAUGGUGAUAUCUAUGCCAAUGUUGAGAAUGCUAAAAGGUUCAACCAAGGCCUUCUUCAACAUAUUUUGAGUGGUGAAGGCACCCCACUUCGAAAGGGAAAAAUCGACGUUUACUUGUUUAGCUUGAUCGAUGAAAAUGCUAAGAGUGUUGCUCCAGGGAACUUUGAGAGGCAUUGGGGGAUCUUCGAGUUUGAUGGGAUGCCAAAGUACGAGCUCGAUUUAGCUGGGAUGCAAGAAGAUAGGGUACUAAUCCCAGUUGAAGGAGUGCAAUAUAUGGUGAAAAGAUGGUGUGUUUUGAACCCAGAUGCUACAGGUUUAGGGAAUUUAGCUGAUAACAUAAACUAUGCUUGUAGUUUGUCAGAUUGCACUUCUUUAGGGUAUGGAUGUUCAUGCAAUCAUCUAUCUGUUCAAGGGAAUGCAUCUUAUGCAUUUAACAUGUAUUAUCAGAUUAAAAGUCAGGAUACUUGGAACUGUGAUUUUGAUGGACUUGCUAUGAUCACUGAUCAAGAUCCAUCAGACAGCACCUGUGAGUUUCCAAUCAUGAUUGAUUACAGCUCCUGUAGGGUACUGCACAGGGGAUUAUUUGAGCUUUUGUGGACAAGCAUAAGUGUAUGUAUGAUACUUUGGGUUGUUUUGUGAGUGACCCAAGAUUUUUGGUAGUCAUUGUAGAGGAAUUAGUGGCAGGAUUUCUGUGCAUUUGGCUCUGUUAUUACAUUGACAUGAAAAUUGAGUGAACUGUGGAUUGCAAAUGUAAAUUACAUUUUUGUUCAUGGGAAUAUUUGUAUAUUUGAUAGUGUGAUCAAACUCUUGAUCUUUCAAAGAAUGUGCACAUCUUGAUCAACAUGGAGUGUGAUUUUGUAUAGUGGAAAAUGAUAUAAUCAUAUAAUUAUACUAUUUGAGUUUUGGUCACCUCAAAGACAUAUUGAAGAAAUUGCACUGAUUUUUC